AUGAAUAAGAGGAUUCGUACUCCAGUCAAGAGAAGACUAGAAGUGAACGAUGCAGCAGGGAUUGGGGUGGCAAGGAAUUUUCAUUCCAUAGUUGUUGAAGCAGGGGGAUAUAAGGCAUUAACGUUUGAUGAACGAGAUGCAAGGAAUUAUAUUGAGAAUGCUAGAAGAUUGAGACUUGGGCUAGGAGACGCCGAAUCAGUUACACUUUAUUUCCAUAAAAUGCAACAACAAAAUUCGAACUUCUAUUCGGCAAUUGACCUUGAUGAAGAUGGUCGCAUGCGAAACUUGUUUUGGGCAGAUGCAAGGAGUAGGGCGGCUUAUAAAGCAUUUGGGGAUGUUGUCUCAUUUGACACAACCUAUUUGACAAACAAGUAUGAUAUGCCAUUUGCUCCGUUUGUAGGAGUUAAUCACCAUGGACAGUCGAUCUUGUUGGGAUAUGGGUUGUUAUCUAAUGAGAACACCGAGACAUUUGUGUGGCUAUUUAAAGAAUGGUUAAGUUGCAUGACAGAUGCUCCUCCAAAAGCAAUAAUAACUGACCAGUGUAGAGCUAUGCAAAAUGCCAUAGAAAUAGUUUUCCCACAAGCUCGACAUCGUUGGUGCUUAUGGCAUGCGAUGAAGAAAAUUCCGGAGAAACUUAGAGGAUAUUCACAAUAUGAAGGCAUAAAGGUUGAUUUGCAAAAUAUUGUUUAUGAUUCAUUGACGAAAGAUGAAUUUGAGGGGAAUUGGCUUACAAUGGUUACAAAAUUCAAUUUGAAUGAUAACAAGUGGUUAGGGGUAUUAUACUGUGAGCGACAUAGGUGGAUUCCUGCCUAUGUUAAAGACAUAUUUUGGGCUGGCAUGUCAACUACCGGUAGAAGUGAGAGCAUGAAUGCAUUUUUUGAUGGAUAUGUGAACUCGAAGACUACCUUGAAACAAUUUGUUGAGCAAUAUGACAAUGCCUUGAGAAGUAAGGUGGAAAAGGAGACAAAAGCAGAUUUCAAAUCUCGUAACCAAUUGUAUGAUUGUCUAACGGUGUAUCAUUUUGAGAAGCAAUUUCGUGCAGCGUACACAAAUGCGAAAUUUAAAGAAGUUCAAGCAGAAAUGAAGCGUUUAGUGUAUUGUCGUCCGAAUCUUGCAAAAGAGGAGGGAUCAAUUUGUACGUAUCAUGUGAGGGAGGCUAUUCUUUUGGGUGAGGGUAUGAAGAAAGUAGAAUUUAUCGUGUAUUGUAAUUCAACAGAAUGUGAGCUCCAAUGUAUGUGUCGGUUGUUUGAGUUUAGAGGCAUUAUGUGUGCCCAUUCACUUAGUGUGCUCAUUGAGAGGUCCAUAUAUGAGGUGCCACAUAAAUACAUUGUGUCGAGAUGGAGAAAAGAUUUGGAACGAGGGUAUACAUGCAUUCCAACCACAUAUACUAACUUCGGGGCUGCUAUAAAUCCAAAGUUGCAUGAUUCAUAUCACAAGACGUUAGAUGAGAUCCUAGAACUUGCCACCAAUGACGAUGCUAAACACAAAGUGAUUCAACUUGGGUUAAGGGAAAUCAAGGAUCGAGUGAAAACUAUUGAAUCGGGUACUGCGAGUAAUGUGCCAUGUACUAGUACUCUACCACUUUUUACUAGUAUUGUACCACCUUCGCAUACUUCACCGAAAAGUCCGCCACGUCUGAAUACUACAAAAGCAAGCAACACUCGCAAGGUACUCAGUUCUUUGGUUGCUCGCCGAAGAGGACGUCCAUGUACGAGGCAGAAGGUUAGCAAGGUUGAUCAAAUAGUUAAUCGGUUGAAGAGAAAGAACAAGAAGACUACUCUCGCACAGGUGCUGGAAGAUCAAGCUUACUAUUUUCCUUCUAUGGUUGGCACACAAGAUAGUAUGUAUGUUCCGGUGCCCCACGAUGAAGCUUACUAUUUUCCUUCUAUGGUGAGCACAGAAGACAACAUGUCUGUACCGGCACGGGUUUGCACAAUGGGAACGCCAAACAAUAUUGGAAGCACAUCAGGAAUGGUCAACAAUCUAAGCAGUCAAAGUUCUACAGUACCAUCACUAUUGGAUCCAAAUGUUCUGUGUUGUAAACAGGUUCUGGAUGAUAUGUAA